AUGUCUCCGCCAGUUGAUUUGAAUCAGAUAUGGGUAAACUGUUCCCAAUGCCAUAAACCGUAUAACAACCAGCAAGGAACAAGCAAUGGAAAGUUCUGGCUCACAUCAUGUGCUCAUAUCCUUUGUGAUAAGCAUUACCAUAAUGGAAUGACGGUUUGUCCCGUGUGCACGACGAGUAGAAUAUCAGUACUUCCGUUAGAUGGUGAUAGUUCCAAACUACCGACAGAAGUGCAAUCGUUCUUUAAACCCUUUGUAUCACAACUGGAACCAUUAUACACAGUAGCUAAUUUCCAGUGGGAGUCAAUGGUGCAAUUAUGUGAAUACUAUCAAGAUAUGUGUCUGAAGUUACAGGAAAAGUGUAACAGACAACGACAGCUGUUGUACCAGGCAAAGGAAGAAUUAGACAAGUUUACUGCUUUGAAGAAGGAAUUAAGAAUGAAGGACACCAACAGAGACGUCAUAUCGAUGGUUACUAGAAAUGACUCCAGAAAUUUAAUAAACGCAAAGGAUGGGAUUGAGCGUGAUAAUCAAGAGUCGUUCAUCAGUAAACUACAAAACUCUCACCGAUUGAAACCUUCACGGACAACUUCAGAUGAUGGAAACGAAUCUCCAAAUAUUUCACACGUUCUUGCUGAAUCUACGUCAAUUGGAAGAACGGCACCAAUAUUGGUACCGCAUUCCCCAACAACACCAAUUUCAAUGAACAAUAAAAGCGGUUCUAACAUUAAUAACACGUUCGGCGCCAGAUCAAACUCACGACAAGGAGUCACGAAAGCAUUACCGAAUGCAUUGGAAAGAUUGAAAUUGAAAAGAAGUAGCACUUCAACGAUAUCAUCAAGGGGAAUAUUAUCACAUAUGAGGAUUAACUCUUCUCAAACUACAACGGGAUUCCCGUCGAGGAAUAACACCACGGCACAAUCGAGAAACAAUAAAUUUAAGAAAUGA